AUGGGACUUCAACCAGUACAUCAAGUAAUACCGAGUACAAGUACAAGUAGUAGCUUGGACCAAGAAGAUCAAGGACCAGACACUACAAAAGCAGAUGAGUCAAACACAUUAUUCGGGAUAAGAACAAUUUUAACAGAUAAACCUGUUCAAGAUACCCAAAUGUUGUUAAAUGAUGACCAAUCGGACUCGAAAGACAUUGGAAAUUUCCUUAAUAACUCAUCGUCAAUACCGGAUAAACAAAAAUAUGAUUUAUUAAUAAGUCCAUAUAGACCACCCCCUACCUAUGACUUUAAGAAAGAUGUAGAAUCAAACAAACGACCAUUUAUUCAUAAAUGGCUUAAUCAAUAUGACUGGCUAGCUUAUUCCAAACUUCUUAAAGGCAGCUUUUGUAAAUAUUGUGUCAUUUUCCCACCCACUGUUAACCACGGUAGUGCUUUAGGCGCAUUUAUUACGAAGCCAUUUUUAAAAUAUAGGGAUUUUCACACCCAGGCCAAAAACCACGUCAAUUCAGCUUGGCAUCAAGAUUCAGCCAAUCGGGCCGGAGAAGUACUGUUAAGAAGCGUAGUAGAAGAAGCAAAUUCGUCUAAAUAUUUUAGUGUCUUGGCUGAUGAGACUGCCGACAUUGCCGGACACGAGCAGCUAUCUAUUGGCAUACGAUAUGUAUUUGAACAAAAUGAUAAGUUUACCCUGAAAGAAGAGUUUCUUGGAUUUGUCAAGUUGGACCGACUAAACGCUGAUAGCAUCGCAUCUUCAAUUUUGCAGUUUUUAGAAAAAUCGGGCUUAAAUCUUGACAAACUUGUAGGACAGGGUUACGAUGGAUGCUCAACAAUGUCUGGAGAAUCUGAAGUUCAGGUAUGUAAAAGUACCUUGUGUUUAACUUUGGCUAUUACGAAAAGAAGACUGGAGAUACUUAGUCAGCGAAUACUCUCCUCCGGCAUAUAUGUUCAAGAUAGACGAGGUGGUAAACGUCCUGCCAGAAACAAAACCCUAUGGAAACCCAAAAUUAUUGAUUUUAUUGCGUCAAUUCCUAGCAGAGAAAGCCAUUACAGUCGAGAAAAGGUAACAAACCGAAGAUACCUCUCUGAAGAUUUAACUGUUCGUAAGCUAUAUAAUGCUUUUCUUGAAAAACAUCGGCUUGAUGGAACAAAGCCCCCAGUCUCCCGACAAUGGUUUAAUGAAAUUUUCAAGAAAGAAUUCAGUUUAGCCUUUGGAGCCCCAAGAGUGGACACCUGUCCUACUUGCGACCAGUACAAAAUUUCUAUAGCUGCUAGUAAGACUCCCGUGGAAAAAAAUGAAUUCGAACUAAAGCGAGAAUUACAUCAACGUAAAGCAGAAAGUGCUCAAAAAAUGAUGUCCCAAAACAUAGAAGAUUGCAAAAGUCCUGAUUCUGAUGUCUGUGUGCUGUCUUACGAUUUACAAAAGCAGUUAUAUAUUCCAGCAUUGACUCAUACGCAGAUGUACUAUAGUCGGCAGUUUACUUGUAUUAAUCCGGGAAUACAUUUUGAAGAUGAAGGAAAAGGUUUUAUGUACCUAUGGGAUGAAACAGCUGGAAAACGAGGAUGUAACGAAAUCGGAAAAGAAAUACAGAAAAAGUGGAAGAAUCUGAAGGACUGCUUUGCAAGGGAACUUGCACCUCAACGAAAAGUGAAAAGUGGUGAACCUGCAAAAAAAAGACGAAAAUACAUUUAUUUCGAUUUGUUGUUAUUUCUGCUUCCUUCCAUGAAUGAUCGACCUACAAGUAGUAACACUGCACCUAUAGAAAAUACUAACGACAAUAUCCAAGAAGAGGACACGCCCACUCAACGUCCUAAUUUGCAAGACAACCAUGAAGAUCAACUGAACACUCCAACGCGUCGUCCUAAGAAAACACCACAAAAAAUAAGUCGUCCGAAAGCUCUCUAUUAA